UGUGGCUUUCCAGCUGUUGCUGGGAGUUGUAGUCCCCCAGCCUGGGGAAGGCUAUUUUGGUGACUCGUGGGAGGGUGAUUGCUGGUGAUCUCUUGUAUCAGCCAGUGGAGGCUUGGUAUGUGGUGUGGACAUGUCAGGAAGGCCUUGAUAAGAAUUCCUCUGGAGUGAGGUCUCCUGUGUUACACCCCAUAACACACAUUGGUUGGGCUUAUGGAGGAACUCUAACACUUUCUGACAACCCACCGACAACUUUGAAAUGUGACGUUAGGAAGGGGUGUGGUUACCAAAUUUACCACGCUGUGCCGUAUAUAUAGUGACCAGUCAUAGUCCCUUCUCAGGUGUCCAUGACAGCUCUGGUGGGUCCUCCCUGUGGCUGGUGACGACGCUGGAUCUAUACUGACACAUGGCCCCCUGUGUACUCUAGUAGACAAGUUGUGAACCCUGGUGACAAUGUCGUCUGAUGGACUGUCAUCCAAGGCAUUGAAGGUGAAAAGAGAAAUGGGGGAAAAUACACCAGUGCUCUCCGACGAUGAAUUAAUGUCCAUGUCUGUUCGGGAGCUUAACCACCAUUUACGUGGUUUAUCCAAAGAGGAGGUAAUCCGGCUAAAACAGCGGAGGAGAACCCUAAAGAAUAGGGGCUAUGCUGCCAGCUGCCGUGUCAAGCGUGUGUCACAGAAAGAGGAACUGGAGAAGCAGAAGAAUGACCUUCAGCAGGAGGUAGAUAAGUUGGCGCAGGAGAAUUCCACCAUAAAACUGGAACUGGACGCAUUGAGGGCUAAGUACGAGGCUCUGCAAAACUUUGCUCACUCAGUGUCCAGAGGCUCCAUCACUCCAGCUAAAGUGGCUGCCACCAGUGUAAUCACCAUUGUGAAGUCCUCUGGGAACUCUUACUCUUAACACAGGCAAUAGAACAUUGCUUGAGAUCCCAAAUCCCAUCUCACAUUGACAAGACCUACAAGCCACGCACCAGAUAGCGGCCUCCCAAAGACUUACAUAUUCAUCAGUAUGAGACUUCCAUAAUUCACCAAUCCGAACCUGUCCCUUCCAACAGGAAGAUGUCGGUUUCACACAUCUGGAAAUAUUUCAAUUAAGGAAAGCGGUGGGGUUUGUCUUAAAGUAAACCUAACACAACCUAUGUCAACUAUAAUUCUGAUUAUCUUGUGUACUGGUUGUUUAGCUGCAUUGUAUGGGAACAUGUAACAUUCCAUCUCGGAGAGGAUCUAUAAACCCCAAAGUCAUAUAUUAUAUAACAUUAAGUUAAUAUUUAAUUUAUUUUCACAAUAUUUAUUCUAAUAUAAAAUGCUACAGAUUACGCGUAAGACAGGUUUACUUUAAGAAACAAUCUACAUGCUUUGUUUCCAUGAAUGGCAAAUUAACCUUUCUAGAUGGGUUGUGCUGGUCCUUGUGGAGCUUGCUUCAGGAUUUCUAAUCCUCAAGAUUUUGGUCCAACAGAACAUAAAGGAGUUUGAGUGAAAAAUCGUACAAAAGGUAAAGGGAAUGUGAAACAAGAAAGAGAAAUCAAGAUGUGGAAGUCGGAGAGAGCGAGAAUGUUAAUUCAAGGGGAAAAGAGUGAUCAUGUAUGUGUUAGACAUUUCUAAUGUGCACUGUGCACCUUGAGAGGGAUUGGGACUACUGAAUCAGGUCAGAAGUUCCCCCAGGAGAAGUGUCCCUUUUACAGUAGAUAUAGCAAACCAAUUAUAACCGUUUUGCUCAAAUAUGCCUGACAAUGUAGUCAACACAACUACUGUAAUACGAAAUAUAGUGCCAGGCAAGAAUGAUAGUAUCUUCUACCUGCCCCUGCCCCAAGUUUUUUUUUUUUUAAGGGGUUCCAACUCCACCUCACAUGACCUGUGAAGAGACACAUACUUAUCUGCUCCCUGCUGCAUUGGCCCACGUGACUAUCUAUGCUGAGAAUUUAUAGGCAGGGAUUUAAGUGCGGUGAAGUCGGGGUUCCCUGGAAAUGGCAAUGAGUAUUGAGGGGUUCCACCAUGGUAAUAAGUUUGGAAAUCCCUGGGGGAUCAUAGAUGUAUCUAUAGAUAGAUAUUUAAUUCAGAGAUGGAAAAUUGCAAGUAGUCAGUGAAGCUAUAAAGUCUAUAGUAUGCUGGUCCGGAAGAUCUAAAAAUCCAGACUCCUUAAAAGAGUUGGUCGAGUGAAAUUAAUACCCAGGCAGCAGUUGUUUAUAUGAUAAAAUAACAAAAGCGAUACCUUCCACUUUUCUCCUCUGCUGCUUCCAGCGCUUUUCAGUGGUGUAGGACCGAAGCCGUCAUCUUUCUGGCUACAGCAGUGAUGUGCACACAAGUCACUGUGCAGCCAAUCACUGGCCUCAGCUGUAUAACAUGUGACAUCAUUGCUAAGCCAGUGAUUGGUUGCAGCAGUGACCUGGUGUGCACGGAACAUCACCGCUGCAGCCAGGAAAGCAAACACCGGAGGGGAGGACCAGUGGUAAAUACCACUUCUUCUGUUAUUUCAUCAUAUUUACUGCUGCUGCGUGAGUUUUAUAUAACUCUGACGACCCCUUUAAAUCCUCUGAGAUAAGAGCUGUGUUGAAAAGCAGCCUUGAUGGCUAUAUAUAACCCAUGUGUCAUCUGUAUGUUCUUAUCUGUGACUGCUUUCAGCAAUUAUGUGCAUUUACAGCCCAGGAGGAGAUGGAACUCUGCUUAUAGGAACCCCCGAGAAGACAUUCAGGGCAUGACCAUGAGGCGCAUUAUUUAGUUGGUCUGUAUUCUUAAUGGCCAUACGGAACAUUCAAUACUGCUUGGUCAUUUACAAUACAGGCCCACUAAACAGUCUCAUUAGUUUAAUUAGAGUCCGCUGCGACCUGUACUGCCUCAUGGUACUUGAAUGCAGAAUGCUGCGUCGCAACGCCAUACGUGUUUGAUUCACCUAUGAUGGACGCUGCACAGGGCAGUAAGCACAGAAAUAUGAAAGGAAAAAAGGUAGAACGCAACAUGAUGUAUUCAUGAUGGCCUCAGCAAGCGGGACUUAAUGUUUGGAUAAUAAAUGCAGGAAUAAGGGAAAGUGGCUCCUACUAAUGUAAGAAGUAGGAACGGACUGUUAAACGAGUGGACAGUGAGUAGGACCAAAAAUCCUAUGGGACACAAAACUGCAAGCAAUCUCCACCAGGAACCCAAAUCCUUCUUAAGGCCUUAUUCACAUGCUUACAAUUUUUGCUGCAUUUUAAGCAUUUAUGGUGGCUUUUUUUUAUUUGUAUAACAUUCAAAACAUGUCUAUUUUUUAAGUCCUAUAGAGAAGCCUAUGGGGGAAAAAAAAUGGCAAAAAGUCAUACCUAGAACAAGCUGCAUUUUGGAGGAAAAGAAAGCCACAGAUGACAAAAAAUGUUUUAAAGUUUAUAGUAAAAUAUAAAAUGUAGUACUUAAAGUCACAUCUGGCAGCAGCCAGAGAAAAAAAAAAGCAAAAAAAAAAAAAAAAAACGCUGCAAAAUGCUGCAAAACAAUGUGAAGCCUAGCCGCAAUGUGUGAGGUCAUGCGCGGCGUCCCGGCUAGGGACUCAUGCUGAUGCAUACGGAUACUGGUGCAAGGUACUUUAAUGUCUUUCUGACAUCACGCUGUAAUAUUACUGUAAGUUUUAAAGUGGCCAGUUUUGAGCAUAUGACAAGUACCCCGCUCCCGCUUGUGAUGUUACUGACGGCGAGAUGGGUCUGCUCCACUCUUUCGGAGAAACUCUAAAAAAAAAUACCUUAUUAGCUGCUUAAUAAAAAUCAGUUUGACAAAAUAUGGGACAGAGAAAUUCACAUUGCUGGGGAGGGGGCGAGUCACAGACCUCAAUUUUCCAGGCCAUUUCUCUCUGAUUAUCCCGGUUGCCCUUAUUUGCUUUCUUAUUUAUGUUUGAGACGUUUUAUUUUUCUGCAUAUUUAUAUAUUUUUAUUUUAAAGAAUUUAGGGUAAAGGGUGGGAAAUGCUUAUUUUAAAUGUUUGCUAUGUCUCAUAGGACGAUUGAUUUCUGUUAAUGGUAAUUGAUAAUGAUAGCAUUACUACUUGAGCGUAGAAUUAGUGGGAUUCGUAAAUUUCAAUGUAAUUGACAGGCACAAGUCCAGACGCUUUAUACCAUUCUUUCCGUCAUCAGCAGAUACUCUAUACCUGCUCACUGGUCACCUAUUGACAGCAAUAUACAGAAACACUUGAGGCUACUUGCCAUAGCCAGGUAUGUUUAUUAGAAAGCCACACUGCAAAAAGUUAAAGGGGUUGUCAGAGAUUAGAAAAAAGGUCUGCUCUGUCUCAGAAACAGGACCACUCAUGUCCAUGGGCUGUCUCUGCAGUUCUCUUGACCAGAGAGGGGCUGCAGUGCUAGCCACGCCAGUGGCGCUGUUUCUGGAAAAAGAGCAGACAUCUUUUUCUUUUUUUUUCCAUUCCUUUAUGACCCCUUCAAACACCCAAAGGACAGUCAUAAUUCAGCCAUUUCCUUGACAUACUACUAUCAGAACACAGAACCUUAAAAUCUGUGAAGCCUUAGCUCUGCAUAGCUGGUCUACAGCCCUGUAAUUGAAGGGGUUCUCUGCUGUCGGGCAUCCUCGUUUCCAUGUGUCUUCUGAAGGCAAGUCUAUUAGGAAAUCCCCUGUUUUUAGUAGCAUCUGGAGUAAUUAAAAAAAUAUAGAAUUUGAAAUUCCCUGUAGUUGUCGCCAUUGGCAGUCUGUAUUCUGCACUCAGAGUGGCUUUUUAAUCAUACCCGAAAGCAAUUAAAGCCAAUAUGUGUGUUAAACAUAUAGCCCAAAAGAUAUGCUCCUCGAUAAUGGAUAUAGUUCAUGCCAAUCUGCAAAUUCCAGCUGGUGUACCUAUCUGCUCUAUCCAUUAGUCUCUUAUUUUGACUAGCAGAUGUGGCUUUCUUGGCAAGAUGAGGGUUAAUUAAUUCCAUUUCUGACCCUUUAGUUGAUCAGUUGCUCAUUUUUUAACAGUGGCCACUCGCCCAUGGGUCACUUGGUGGUUACCCAGCUCCUUUAUCAAUCCUAUUACCAGCCGAGGCGUGUGGCAUAUUUCAGGUGUAGUAUCUGUGUGUCAGAUACAAGUGCACAGUACUUAUUCUGUAUUACGAGUCACAUGUAUUGAACAUUUUCAUAUAUCUAAUAUAUGUGUGUAUAUAAAUAUAGUGAAUGCUAUUUAUUUUUCUGAAGCAUUUUAAAGUCCCUUUAUAAGUGUAUUUUAUAUUGUUCGAAUAAAGAAUUUUUUUCAUGUAAA